AAUGAUUAAUAACGUGCAUGUUUGGGUCGUGACCAUAUCAAAAGUUGACCUAAGUGUGUUCCUUUAUCAUAAGCUCUUUGGAUACUACUUCCAUUGCAUAAUCUACUACGGUUUUAGUGUUCAAGUUUAGUGUACUUUUAACGGUCUCAUGCUCUCCAUACAGUGGACAGGGCGAUUGGGCAUGCCCUGUGGUGCCUUGUUCUUUGCAUGAGAGGUGUUCCCAUUUUAUGUCAAUGAAUGGUUGUUAAUGAUCAGCUAUUAUCUGUGCAUGUUCCGAGCCCAUUUACAUCUAAUGGCUGAUUGCCUCACUUACUGAUCACCUGACUGGCUGCUUUUUAGGUUGUGUAACUAAUCUUUGCUCAACGCCUUUAACCGAUUAAAUUCCUGAGAGGGUCCGUAAUCUUCAUGUAGUGUGCAUUCUGGUCAUAUGAGAAUGCUCUGAGUAGCCUGGGGCGCCAUGGCUUGGAGAAAUCCCAACAUGAGGAGGAGGAGGAGGAAGAUGUGAGGUGGCGUUGGAGGGAUGCCUGUCGACUCUCGUCGCUAAACUGCAACUUUAACGAUGUAAACAAAGGCAUUCAGGGUGGUUUGAUUUGAAGAGGUUAACUGUAAAGACCUACCGACCUAGACUUUCUUUACAGUGGUGGUGAAAGAAACCUGUGAUGUUGUUUUACUGUGGACAGUUCUGAUUUGGCUUCUUGUGUGCUCAGCAGAAAUCCUCAUCAUGUCCUCCAAGUCGUCUCUGCUGAAGGUGAUCCUGCUGGGCGAUGGCGGUGUGGGCAAGUCUUCACUCAUGAACCGCUACGUCUCAAACAAGUUCGACACACACCUCUUCCACACCAUUGGUGUUGAGUUUCUAAACAAGGAGCUCGAGGUGGACGGACGGCUGGUCACUUUACAGAUCUGGGACACUGCCGGCCAGGAGCGUUUUCGCAGCCUGCGUACGCCAUUUUAUCGUGGUUCUGAUUGCUGUUUGUUAACAUUUAGCGUGGACGAUAGCCAGAGCUUUCUCAACCUCAACCACUGGAGAAAAGAGUUUGCGUAUUACGCCGAUGUUAGGGAACCUGAGAGCUUUCCCUUCGUCAUUCUUGGGAAUAAAGUUGAUGUGACAGAGCGGCAGGUGACGACAGAGGAAGCACAAAGGUGGUGCCAUGAAAAUGGAGGGCACCCCUAUUUUGAGACGAGUGCAAAAAAUGCCAUAAAUGUUGCAGAGGCUUUCGAGGAGGUGGUGAGGAGCGUACUGGCAUCUGAGGAUCGGCCUGAGCAUAUGCUGCCAUCAGACACUGUGGAUUUGUGUCGGAAACCACGCUCCAGAACCCGCUGCUGUUGAUUUUAUAUAAUUAUCAGUGGACAUGCACUCACUGGCCACUUUAUUAGGAACUACUUUGUAUCUGCUCUCAUUGUCCAUUCUAUGUACAGUUACAGACUGUGGUAUGUUGGUUUCUCUGAAUUCUUUAUUAGCCCUAAUUUACCCCAUUCACUGGUCAGGACUGUUACAGGGCCACCACAGAACUGGUAUUAUUUGUGUGGUUGAUUAUUCUAGCACUGCAACAACACUUAUAUUUUACUCACUUUUUAAAACAAAAGAUUAAUAUAUGUGUCUGCGUAGCACUGCUGUGUCUGAUCCACUCAUACCAGUGCAACACACAAACACACCACCACUCCAGUGUCACUGCAGUGCUGAG